AUGGCUGCUGAAAACUCUCUUGCUGCUGGUGUUGCUGCUGCUGCUGCUGUUACUGCUGCUGCUGCUACUGCAACGGUUGCAUCUGCUGCUGCAUCUUCUGCAGCUCCUGAGAAUGGUGCUGCUGCUUGUGGUGAUUGUGCUGCUGCUGCUUCUCUUUCUGCGGCCGUCAGAGUGGGCUUGUCUAGCGACUGCCGUUGGCUGGUUCUCCUCGAUGCUGCUGCUGCUGCUGCUACGUCUCCUCUUCGUCUGUCGGCUUCUGGCUCUGCUGCUUCUCCCGACUUCGUUGCAAUUUCUUUUUAUAAACUCUUCGGAUACCCCACCGGCCUGGGCGCCCUCAUACUUAAGCGCAGUGCAGCAGAUGUUCUGAAAAAGGCGAUAGGAAUGGAGAAGAUUGAGCGGCAUGUGGCGGCCCUCACGCGUCACCUCUACCGCUCACUGAAGGUUCUGAGACACCGCAAUGGCGCCAACUUUGCUUUGCUCUACUGGGCUAGAGCCGAGGAGCCCUCAGGGGGGAUCGUAAACUUUAACUUACUGAAACCUGAUGGUUCGUUCAUCCCGUUUGGAGAGGUUGAGGCCAAAACGGCUGCUGCGGGCAUUCAUCUUCGCACAGGUUGCUUCUGCAACCCUGGAGGCUGCCAGGAUUUCCUCGGGCUGACGGGCGCAGACAUCGUCAAUGCAACCCGCGCAAGGGAAAGCUGCUCAGACCCUAGCGGUGCUGUGAUUCAACCUACUCCACGACUUGAGUGGAUGGGAAAACUCAGGUUGAACGCCCAGCCAUAA